AUGAGUGAGGAAGUCACACCUGCUCCACUCAUUGGAUUCUCUCCGUCGAUAGAGAACAACAGAAAGAAGUACUUUGCUCCAGAUACGAAACCAAAAAUCGAUGUCGAUGACACAGUCAAGAAAUUCAAGUACUUGUUAGGCUUGACCAACUUGUUUCAGCACUUCAUCGACUCGAAGGCAAGAAAGGACCCUGUCUUUGCACAAGUGUUGCACAAGAUGAGUGAAACCCAACCCAAAAGUAAUGCUGGUGCCAACAGAAGAAGAAAGACAGAGAAGGAAGAGGAUGCAGAAUUGUUAGAUGACGAACAAGACACACCAACAAUAACCGAGUUUACCGAAAGUCCUACUUACGUGCAUGGCCAGCUUCGUCCUUAUCAGAUCCAGGGAUUGAAUUGGUUGGUGUCGCUUUACGAAAACAAUCUUUCUGGAAUCUUGGCGGACGAAAUGGGAUUGGGUAAGACUUUGCAAACCAUUUCGUUCCUCGGGUACUUGCGCUAUAUGCGUGGUAUCAAUGGUCCUCACUUGGUGGUAGCUCCUAAGUCUACACUUGAUAACUGGGCCAGAGAGUUUGCCAGGUGGACCCCAGAGGUGAAUGUUUUCGUUCUACAAGGUGACAAAGAGGAGAGACUGGAGUUGAUCCAGAACCGUUUGCUACUGUGUGACUUUGACGUUGUGAUUGGCUCUUACGAAAUUGUUAUUCGUGAAAAAGCCUCCUUCAGAAAGUUUGAUUGGGAAUAUAUUGUGAUUGAUGAGGCUCAUAGAAUUAAAAACGAGGAGUCCUUGCUUUCGCAAAUCAUUCGUCUUUUCCACUCCAAAAAUAGGCUUUUGAUUACGGGAACUCCAUUGCAAAAUAACUUGCACGAAUUGUGGGCCUUGCUCAAUUUCAUCUUGCCUGAUGUGUUUGGUGAUUCUGAUGCCUUCGAUCAAUGGUUCAGCGCAACCGAAGAUACCUCCCAACAACAAGACGAUAAUGUUGUUGCUCAAUUACACAAAGUUCUCAAACCAUUUUUGUUACGUCGUAUCAAGUCUGAUGUCGAGAAAUCCCUUUUGCCAAAGCAAGAGCUCAACGUAUAUGUCAAGAUGACAGAUAUGCAGAGAAAAUGGUACCAGAAACUUCUUGAAAAGGAUAUUGAUGCCGUUAAUGGUGCAAAUGGAAAGAAGGAGUCCAAAACGAGAUUGCUUAAUAUCGUCAUGCAACUCAGGAAAUGUUGCAACCAUCCAUACUUGUUUGAGGGUGCAGAGCCAGGUCCCCCCUACACAACCGAUGAGCAUUUGGUUUACAACGCCCAAAAGAUGCUAAUUUUAGACAAACUUUUGAAAAAGUUUCAAAAAGAAGGAUCCAGAGUGUUGAUUUUCUCUCAAAUGUCCAGAAUGCUAGAUAUCCUCGAGGAUUACUGCUUGUUCCGCUCCUUUGAGUAUUGCAGAAUCGACGGCCAAACUGAUCAUGCUGACCGUGUGGAUGCAAUUGACGAGUACAAUAAACCAGGAUCUUCUAAGUUUGUGUUUUUGUUGACCACAAGGGCUGGUGGCUUGGGCAUUAACUUGACCACUGCUGAUAUCGUUGUUUUAUUUGAUAGUGAUUGGAACCCACAAGCUGACUUGCAGGCUAUGGAUAGAGCUCAUAGAAUUGGUCAAACAAAGCAAGUCAAGGUUUUCAGAUUCGUCACGGAGAAUGCAAUCGAAGAGAAGGUUCUCGAAAGAGCAGCGCAAAAGUUGAGGUUGGAUCAGUUAGUCAUCCAGCAAGGUAGAAACAGUGGUGGUGCUCAACAAAGCGGCAAGGCUGCUUCAAAGGACCAAUUGUUGGAUAUGAUUCAGCAUGGUGCCGCUGAGAUUUUCAAGGCCAAGGAUUCCGACGACCCAAGCAAUGCUGAUGUUGACAUUGACGCAUUGCUCGCGGACUCUGAGAAGAAAACCCAAGAACUCAAUAAGAAAUAUGCGAAGUUGGACUUGAACGCCUUGCAGAACUUCUCGAAUGAUGAAUCAGUCUACGAAUGGAAUGGUGAGAAUUUCAAGAAGAAGGAACCAACCGCAAUAACGAACAUUGGCCACGCUUGGAUUAACCCAGGAAAAAGAGAGCGUAAAGAGAACUAUUCGAUUGACAUGUACUACAAAGAUGUGUUGAAAUCUGGAAGCAGAUCUACUCCAAGAACGGGGCCUAAACCACCCAAGCAACUCAAUAUUUAUGAUCAUCAAUUCUUCCCACCAAAGCUCAUGGAGCUUUAUGACAUGGAGAGAAACUACUAUAAGAAGCAAACUGGAUACAAGGCUACACUCAAAAAAGGUUCAGCUAAAGACUUGGAGAAGCGUGAGUUGGAACAGAAGCUAGAACAGGAAGAAAUUGAAAAUUCUCGUCCUUUGACUGAAGAAGAGAAAGAACUCAAGGAGGAACUUUUGACUCAAGGCUUCACCAACUGGAAUCGUAAAGACUUUAUCCACUUUAUUGCUGUCUCGACAAAACAUGGUCGUAAUGCUAUAUCAAUGAUCGCCGCCGAGUUCGAUGACAAGUCGAUAGACGAGAUCAGAGAAUAUGCUCGCAAGUUUUGGCUGAGCUACAAAGAAAUUGAUGGAUUUGAAAAGUACAUCAAUCAAAUUGAGCUUGGUGAAGAGAAGGUUCAGCGGGUGAAAUUGCAGAAAGAGAGUAUUCGCCGCAAGGUGUCUAGCUACAAGUACCCUCUUCAAGAGCUUGUCUUGAAAUACCCACCGGCGGCUACUAACAAGAGGACUUUCACUGACGAAGAAGACAGGUUCUUAAUCGUCCAAAUGUACAGAUUUGGCCUUGACAGGCCUGAUCUUUACGAGAGAAUCCGCGAUGUCAUAAGGAUGAGCCCCCUUUUCCGUUUUGACUUCUUCCUCCUAUCUAGAUCCACCGCUGAGAUUUCAAGAAGAUGCAGCACAUUGAUACAAUGCGUUUUCAAGGAGAUUCACCCUAACGAGGCCAAAGCAUCUGCACCAAAGACAGGCGCUGCUUCCAACGGCACAAAAAGGAAAGAAGCAGACACGAAGAGCACGAGCAACAAAAAGCGCAAGAAGUAA